AUGCCCUGGGGACAGGCCGACCCCUGCCGGCUCAGCGACCCCACCCGAGACCCCUCAGAGGCCGCGCGGGCGAACGACGGCGUGCGGCGGGCCUCUCCACCUGCUGCCCGGACGCGGCCCGGGCCCCGUCCCGCGGAGGUGUUCGCGCCAGGCUCGAACCGGCGCCUCAGGUGGACGGGGUUCCCGCCCGAACGCCGCCCGGCCGCCCGCGUGCAGGCCCGAGACCUGAGCCCCCGCCUCUGGCUGCCAGCCCGCGCUCCGCGUUCACCGCGCUCGGCCGGGGCCCGCCUCUCGGCAGUUUUCGCUUUCGCUUUCCUGCCGCUGUUGUUGAGGAAAAUGAAAGUGACCGUGGCCGUGGCCCGGGCCGGCGCAGCUGCCGUCGGGGCGAGGGACGCACAAAACGGCGGCGGUCGGCGAGGAGCCUGGGAGCUGGAGCCGCUACCCGCGCCAGACGAGAUGGCAGCACUCCCUGGACUUGUCUGCACCGCAAGCAGCCCUGAGGCUGGACAGCAGGGAGACAAGAAAAUGGACUCCCCUCUGCAACCCGCAAUGUGCCAGGGUUUGCAGCCUAUUGGAGGAAAACAACAUCAAGAGUAUGCUGCUAAAACACUGAGGUUUGUGGACCGGACUUCUCUGUGGCCCAAGUAUUUGGUUUCUACUUCCUCAUUCUCAGCCUCCUCCCACCCCCACCCAACUGCAUCACUGAGACUCAGGCUGGAACCCUUGGGCCCCCCAGAAGGAGCAUCUGUCCCUGAGCUGCUUGGUGAGUGCCUGGGGGUUCUGAGAUCCUAGUAGGAUGGCCUGUGGACAGUACAAGGAGAGAGGAGCUGGACAGGGCCUUUGGCCCUCCUAGGACAGUGACCACCUUGCCCCAGUUUGCCCAGGACUUAGUUGUAGCACUGAAAAUACCACAUUAUAGGAAACACCUCAGUCCUGAGCAAACUGGGACAGUUGGUUACCCUACCUCCAAGGCCCUUUGCACCUCCUAAUCUACCAUAGAUUACCUCUGCAGCCUGGACAGCUGGCUCUUUGGACUCUUAGAUCCCAACCUCUGCACAAUAUGUGGGCACAGAAAGACCUCUAAGCUGAGGAGGGGCCUCAAGCCAGUGCUGGGGAACCAUAGAUUCCUACUUGCAGUGUGUCCUGGAAAGGUGCCACACAUGGAAAUUGUGCCUGUGUCUGCAGGGGACAGUGCUUCUAGCUACGUGCAUGGGGGAGUGACAAAUUCUGUUUGCACCGAGUCUCUAAAAAUGUAGUCGCCUGAUUACCUAGGUGGUAUGUUGCAGGUGGCUUGAAGAAAUGUUUCUGUGUGCUCAUCUGUACUUCUUAUUCUGUAAAAUUAAACCUUUCAUUUGUGUACAUUUUUAAUAAAAUAAAGUAAUGAAUGAC